AUGGCUGCCACCCAGCCCUCCACGUCGUCGGCCUCGGCCGCGGGCUCUGGCCAUGCGACUCCUACCGCCGUCGCUGGAAGCGCAUCCGAGAACAAUGGCAACUCCCGGGCCUCUGCCGAAAGUUCGCCUGCGGCGGCCCCCGAGCCCAUUGAGCGAACAAAAGACUCCUUCACCAAGCUCAUGGUGGAGCGCUUCACGUCCCGCGACGCCGUCGCCGCAGCCGCCCUCUCGGACCAGCUCAACCAUACGCGCAUAUCCACAAGCUACCAGCGACAAAAGAUUAAUGAGUACCGUCACAUUAGAACAGAUUACCAGCCCGUAUUUACCCCCGGUAGAUUAUACGGCGAAGGCUACAGGGGCUACGCCAAUGGCUUUACCGAGAAUCACGCCCCAGCCCGCAUCGUCUACCCCAGUCAAAAGGUCCGCCCCGGUCGCCGAACGACGCCUGCUCUUAAAUACUCGCGCAAGGAUAUGCUCAAACAGGCAGAGCUGCACGAGGAGCUGGUCCCUGUCCGCAUCGAAGUUGAAUGGGACAAGUUCAAGCUGCGCGAUACCUUUACGUGGAACCUUCACGACCGCAUACUUCAUGUCGAGCUUUUCGCAGCCCAACUUGUCGAAGAUAUCGGCUUGAAACCUCCUGCCGCACAGCCUGUUUUCGAACAGAUUGUCGUUCAAAUGCGCGAACAGCUCAACGACUUUUACCCCUUUGUCUUCUCGGAGGAGGACGCGCUUGACCCUGAGCUGCCCUACUCUGCAUAUAAGAACGAUGAGAUGAGGAUACUUGUCAAACUCAACAUCACAAUUGGCCCGCACACGCUCGUCGAUCAAUUUGAAUGGGAAAUCAAUAACCCUUCCAACUCGCCCGAAGAGUUUGCCGCCAAUAUGGCUCGCGACCUCUCCCUUUCCGGCGAGUUUACCACAGCCAUUGCACACUGCAUUCGCGAGCAGUCGCAACUAUUCACAAAGAGCCUGUACAGCGUCGGCCAUCCCUUUGACGGCCGCCCGAUCGAAGACUCGGAUCUCGUGUCGGCGUUUCUGCAGACGCCCAUCCCCACCGUCUUCCGACCGCAGCAGCAGGCCAAGGAGUACGCGCCUUACAUGUACGAGAUGAGCGAUGCCGAUCUAGACCGCAACGAAACCAUCUUCUCCCGCGAGCAGCGACGCCAGAAGCGAUCGAUCAACCGCCGUGGAGGACCCCAGCUGCCCGACCUGCGCGAGCGGCAACGCACUAUCCGUACCCUCAUCGUCUCGUCCGUGCUGCCUGGCGCCGCAGGAAACCUCGAGGAGACGGGCCUGUUCAAACGCGCCGCCGGCACCCGCAAGCGACCGAACCGCGAGGGUGAAAUUUCUGACUCGGAGGAUAGUGAGGACUCGGUGCCAGAAUCACCCGCGCCGUCACAGUUUGCUGGCACGGCCAGAACGCGCGGGAUGCGCGGCGCCGCGUCUGUGGCCCAGCACCGCAUGUCGAACCUCGGACGCUCCGAAACACCCGACGCCCUGCAUCACGAGACGAGGACGUCGCGUCGCUUCCGCGAGGAGACGGAGGAUCCUGGGCGCCUGGUUGUCACGCUCAAGAUCAACAAGGAUAAGCUGCGGCGGCUGCUGCGUGGCGAAUACCGCUUCACCAACACACCCUCACAACCUCCGACUCCUUCGCAAGGGGCCACUCCAAAGGUUCUCGCCAAGGCAGUUCCAACCUCGACACCGUCACGCGGUAUUAGUACAACCCCUGUGCCUAUUCCCCAUGUGGUUGGCAAGUUUCCGCCUGGACAGAUUGGUCGCUUGCCGGCGCCCCCUCCUGUACCAGGGCAGCAGCAUACUCCGCCGAAUCCUCCCAAUUGGUUAGUCCAAGCCCUCAAGGGCCUCGAGAAAAAGUAUCCCGAGGGCGACCGCUUCGAGGCCAUCAUGAAGUACUCGUACCUCGACCCCGUCACGGAGCUGCCCGUUCAGAUCCACCCGCUACCCGACGGCGUUAAAUACGCCUGGCUGCCGCGCAUUCGCUGUCUCGACUGUACGUCUAAGCUGUAUACACCAGGUCCGGACAUGACGGCGCAAAAAUUCGAGACGCACCUGCGCUUCUCCAGCCACCGCGAGGCGGUCCGCCUCCGUUUGAUGGCCGAGGGCGGUGGCGGCGGCGGCGGCGGCAGCGGGUCCAAUGCUUCUUCGUGA